UCAGUUCGCACGGUUCGGCACGCGGUAACAGAAACAGCAGCUAAAGCAUAGGCCACCAGGAGCCGACCUACCAUAUCAAAGUGCCAGAACGUGUGUGUGUGUGUGUGUCGGUGUCUCUUUCGUCGCCUGUGUCGGUGUCAGUGUCUGUGCCGAUCGAGAAUUCUUGUCGGGCGCGCGUUUCCUCCCAGUGUGCGUGUGCUUGAGCGUGUGGGUGGAAGGUGCAAAAAGUUGGGCAUCGGGGCAAUUAAUCAUUCAAGCCUGGCCCCCGAAUUGACUUCAAUUUUAGUAAUUUGCCUGAUUGAUGCAAGGACCUGGGCAAUUUCCGGUCGAACCCGAGUUGAGUGCAGUGCGCCCAUCGCCGCGUAGCCUCUGGCGGCUGCUGCAGAAAUGAAUAAACAGAACCAAAAUCCAGAACCAUUCCAAACGAAUACCAAGUGAAGAUCUGGAAAACAGUGGACAAAUUGCAUCUCAAUCAAAGUCUAUUAGCGAAAUGCUGCAACUGCAUUGCCGUAUCCGGGCAUCGGACUUUUUCUGCCGCCAAUCCUGCAACUGAACCGCAAAGAGAACGCACCGCAGAGGGCCUGGGCCUCCCCCCUUUACCAGACCGGACCAGACCAGACCAGAACCCGACCUCCUCCUCCCCCGUACUAAUCACCAGCCUACCUGCCAUCCAAAUGACAAAUGCAAUGAGUGCUCUUGCAGCGCUCGCCCUGACAGCGGCCGGGGCAGCGGCAGUGGCUGCCUCUGCGGCUAGCGGCUGGAGCAACCACAGCAUUCCGUUCCUGACCAACAGCAGCAGCAGCAACAGCAGCCACACCACCACCGCCGCCUCCAUCAGCAGCAGCAUCGGCCUGGCCAUCAGCAACAGGAGCAGCAUCAGCAGCAGUAGCAGUCGGAAUGGCACGCUCCUAGAGGCCGAUCACCUGCCGCUGCAGUUGACAACAGCCAAGAUGGACAUGGACAUUGAAAUCGACAUUCAACUGCUGACAAAUGGCUAUGAUGGCACAACGCUGACAUCGUUCUACAAUGAGAGCAGCUGGACAAACGCCUCCGAAAUGGAUACAAUAGUUGGUGAGGAACCGGAGCCGCUGUCCCUUGUGUCAAUUGUUGUUGUUGGCAUCUUCCUAUCGGUGCUGAUAUUCCUAUCCGUGGCCGGGAACAUCCUCGUCUGCCUGGCCAUCUACACAGAGCGCAGCCUGCGACGCAUCGGCAACCUGUUCCUGGCCUCAUUAGCGAUUGCGGAUCUGUUUGUGGCCUCCCUGGUGAUGACAUUCGCAGGCGUCAACGAUUUGUUGGGAUAUUGGAUCUUUGGAGCGCAAUUUUGUGAUACUUGGGUGGCCUUUGAUGUCAUGUGCUCGACGGCGUCAAUUCUGAAUCUGUGUGCAAUAUCAAUGGACCGCUACAUCCACAUCAAGGAUCCGCUCAGAUAUGGCCGCUGGGUGACACGACGCGUGGCUGUCAUUACCAUAGCCGCCAUUUGGCUGCUGGCCGCAUUCGUCUCGUUUGUGCCAAUCUCCUUUGGCAUCCAUCGGCCUGACCAGCCGAUGAUUUUCGAGGAUAAUGGCAAGAAGUAUCCCACAUGCGCUCUGGACCUCACGCCCACCUAUGCCGUCGUCUCCAGCUGUAUCAGUUUCUACUUGCCCUGUGUGGUCAUGAUUGGCAUCUACUGUCGUUUGUAUUGCUAUGCCCAGAAGCAUGUCAAGUCCAUCAAGGCGGUGACCCGACCCGGCGAGGUGGCCGAGAAGCAGCGCUACAAGAGCAUUCGACGCCCCAAGAUGACGCCCAAGAAAUUCAAGGUGCGAAACCUGCACCACAGCUCGCCGUACCAUGUCUCCGACCACAAGGCGGCUGUGACAGUGGGCGUAAUUAUGGGCGUGUUCCUCAUCUGCUGGGUGCCCUUCUUUUGCGUGAACAUCACGGCCGCCUUCUGCAAGACCUGCAUCGGCGGACAGACCUUCAAGAUACUCACCUGGCUGGGCUACUCGAACUCGGCCUUCAAUCCAAUCAUCUAUUCGAUCUUCAACAAGGAAUUCCGGGACGCCUUCAAGCGCAUCCUGACCAUGCGCAAUCCCUGGUGCUGUGCCCAGGACGUGGGCAACAUUCAUCCGCGUAACAGCGACCGCUUCAUCACCGACUAUGCGGCCAAGAAUGUGGUCGUGAUGAACUCGGGCCGCUCCAGUGCCGAGCUCGAGCAGGUCUCUGCGAUUUGACCAAAAGGCGGCUACAGCGGAGCCAACUGGCUGCCGUGCUGCUACGGCUGCGGCUGUGGCGGCCUCCGGGUGGACGAUGACGACGACGGAGCACUGACCACGCGCUAUGUUCCAUGAGAUUCGGUCACGGCGCCAACGGCCACCAUUGUGGAGACCGUCGAGGCCGCCCAAAUGGAAACGGAGCUGCUCUAAGCCACUAACUGGGUUCCUACAGCACCAACUCGAUCUCUCACACGAAACCAAAGCAAUCCCGAGUCCCUCCCAACAUCCAAAAACAAGCCCCAGCACCCCGUCCCGCCCCAAAAGAAAAUCGAAAGCAAAAUGGAAACCUGUAAGUAUUAUCAGCGCGUCCCAGAGACAAAGCAAUCAACUAUGCGUAUACUUAAUCGUAUCUAGCCUUAAGAGUCCCCCUCAAAACCACAAACGAUGCCCAAGACGUGAUUAGGUCUAAGGUCUCUUAGCCCCCUCCCGCCCUGCUGCACCCAAAAAGCUUUCUGUCCAAGCUUCCUGUUUGGUUAUUCAUGACAGUUUUGCAAUCGUUUGGGAUCCAUGCAAAUGCGAUUAUUAUGGAGUGACACAUGUCACUUGCCACACCCACAACACCAC